AUGUGCGUAGGUGAGCGAUUACCUUACUUUAAUUUUUUAUUGUCAAACAACAAUCGGGAUUGAAGUGCAAUAUUUUUUUCUCUUCCAUACACAAUGACCUCUUCAUCUCCCUUUAAUUGCGAAACUCCAAACUUAAUUUUAAAAGUUAUGAACCGUCAGGAAAAGGAUUUUUUGCUAGAAAUUGUAGCAUAGUUUGUUUUCUGAAAUAGGUUUAAACUCUUGGUUUAAAAAAAUCUGACAAUUUAAACAACACGUUGUUGACUUCUAUUUUUAUACCAUGUCAGGUCGGCUAGAACUUGACGCUCUCAUCGAUAUUUUGCAGAACUCUUUCGACCUUACAACCUUGCAAACUAGAGUACUCCUGUGGGAUGAAAAGUUGCCAAUUCCCGACCCUCCCCCACUAAGGAGCUUGGUGGAGCAUUUGGUUAGACGGAGAUUGCCCCCCUGCGCGACAAGUGUCCAGAAUGGUUUGAACAAUCUUUUUGUGCAUUCAGCCUGUCGGGUUUUAGGACUACGUGAUGCCCAUAAAAGGUAUGAAAGAGCGAGAACAAGUGAAAAAUAAUACAUAACACUGCAUAGGGGUGGACCAUUUUUGAGAGGGGGUGGAGGGAGGGUUAGACAAUUUUGUCUUGCUAAGAAUUUUUUUUUCGUCUUUGGGCUGUGCCAGGAUUUUUUUUUAGCACCUUAACCCAUUCGCCCCUGGAGAUUUUGCUGAAAAACGCGUUUUGAAGCUAGUAGAGGGGUUUUCUGGUCAUUGUCGUGCUAUAAAGAGCUAAAACGUACCACAAAGCCGUUUACAGGUUGUACACUUCACAACCUUCUGAUCCAGAUGCAAAAUAUCAGCUUGCAAAGUUCGGGCACGCGCAGGGUUUAAAAGUGACACAGCAGUCCUGACUUUUACUUUUCGUUUUUCCUCCCCCCCCCUCUCUUUUUUCGUUUUUCUGGCCCUUUUUUUUCUCUUGCUGGGCAUUUAGUAGGCUUCAUUUUGGUGGGAGAGGUUUUAGGAAAGUUUUUAGUAUCUUAGGAUUAGAGUAAAGGAACGGUAGGUGGGUAGUGGAACAAGAUUUUCAUGGCAAUUUUCGGGUCACUGUUACAUGAUUUUUUGCCUUUUUCUCUGGUGUCCUUGACUGAAUUGGUAUGGUUCAUGGUUGGUAUGGUUUAAAAGAUCUCUCCACUCUGCACAAGUUAGCGGACAUAUAAGUUAUCCUUGACCAUUAAAACUGAUAACCUCACAAGCGGUAGAAACGAAGUGGAUCCGCACGGGCGGUUCAGGGCGGCUCAGGGGCGAAUGGGUUAAGGUUGUUUUUUUUCUUCGGUUUUCAGUCUUCAUAUUUAUUAAAAUAUCACCAAAAAUGAGCAUUUCAUGAGGUAAGCCUAUACAAGUAUGGAACAGAAAAUGAUACAUGUACCUCAAGCACUGCUUUCUCUCCAGGCUGAUACAAGCUGUAGUUAGUCUAUUCAGUGUUACAUGUUGGGUUACAAAAAUAAAUGGAAAAUUCCGCUUAAUAGAAGCGUCCGCCUAACAGAGGUUGGUUUUGGAAGAAAAUAUAAGACACUUAUUUCAGGACCGCACUAAAUGUCAAUUCAUUAUAGCGCUUUCUCGAAAUAGAUCAAAAGCACCGUUACAAUGACUGAUUAAAUUACAUGUGAGAACAUGAAUAAAGUAAGUAGAAUUACAUCGAUAGUAAAUAAACAAAAUAGUAAAUAAUAAAAAAACACAACUACAUAUUUUAAAGUGAUUCGUUAAAAGGAAAGGUCUUGUUCACUCUAUCAUAAUAGAAUGAUAGAAUGGUUUUACUUACAAAUCCUUGAAAUAGUUUAUAGUGGGCUCUAUCAGACACUAUUUUGUUGUCUUCUUUGUGUGAAUUUUGACAGUCUAUUCCACACACCAACCGUUAGCAGGGUUCUAUCUAGGGUUUAUCGUUUUGGAGAGAAGUCCCGAGUGGUCGAAGACUACGAGGUUCCUAGGGGGGUCCGGGGGCAUGAAAUGAAUAUGCGCUAAGAUGCAAUCUGGUGCAUUUUGAGAAAUGUCACAGUGAGUGCACUGACCUUGUCGCGUGUGGAUGAUUUUUCCGUUAUAGUUACUUAUAAACUGUAAUGAUAACAAUAUAAUUUUUCGGGGGAAGCUGUGCAUUUUUUUGGAGGGAAGCUUCUAACCCUCAAACACCCUUGAUAAAGCGCUGGUUAGAUAGUGUUUAUGGGUUACAACCGACUCUACCAUUUGCCCUUUAUGUUGUAUACUUUUAAGACUGUAUAAACAUUAUUAAUAAUUAUCGUUUAUACAAUUAAUAGAUAUCAGAUAUGUUGAAAAUAGCUGAAAGUUAUCAGUUUAAUAAAAGAAAUGGAAAAUGGUAUUUUCAUGACAUGAAUUUUAUGUUAUACCAGACUCAGUGAAAUGGUUCAAAUUUAUGUUCUAAUACAAGAGACAGAUGGAAAUGAUGUAUUUAUGAUAUUCAUGAUAUGAAAGACAAAAAGGUGAAUUAUUAUACAAAUAAUUACACAGCAUUUUUGUGGGUUGAAAUUAAGUUAUGACAAAAAUUACAGAUUAUUUUUUCAUUUGGUCUAACACUGGGGAUCCUACGAGUAGAAAGGCUAAUACUCGAGGUUUUCUUCCUUUGCCCACUGUGCAUGAUUUUUUCUCUUCUUUUGCUGUGCAGGAAUUUUUUUCGGGUAAUUGCUGACCCCCACACCCCCAAAAAAAAAAAUAAUAAUAAAAUGGUUCAUCCCUAAGUACCCGAUUUUCUGAAAACCAAGCUAAGGAAAUUUGUAGUCAUUUCAGAGAAGUGUCAAAACGCGUCAAAGCAAGGAUUGCACUCUUAAUCUAACUUCCACACAGUUAUUUUAUUUAGGAGAUUUGAUGACAUUUGAAAAAAAAAACAAGAGAAAUACUUUAUUAGAGGGAGAAUAUUUUAUACAAAAAACCAUUACUGGUUUUAAAAAAGUUACGUGGAAGCUAACAGCAAAGCGUUGCAAUAGAGCACUCAACGCAGUGUAAACGCAAAACUACUUGCAGCAUCUAACUGUAUCCUACUCUUAAUUCUUUAACCUAACCCUAAUCAUUUUCUUGGUACAUUUGAAGAGCAGCAUUGGCUCGAUGAGUAAUUAUCUCGGAAACCAAAACAAACAAACAAACAAAUAGACAGAAAAACAGAAAACACUACUCUAAAACAGUUAAUGUCAUUGGAUUUUUUCAGACUACUCAAAAGGCACUGCGAUGACCCCAUAAACAACUGCUGGUAUGCUCCCUCAAAUCAUGGAGACACAUUUGGAAUUCGCCAUGAUGAAAUAUACUUCCACGAGGACAUCAUCCCUUCACAACCUGUGACGUCAUAUGCAGUGCUUAUCCGAGGGAGCCCAAAGCAUCCUGGGACAUCCGUAGACGGGGGCAUUGGUGAGGACAUCAGUUCACAAGCAGUUUCUAUGCAAGAUUGCGGAGACAUUAUGAUUGAACGAGCUAGUUCUCUAAUAGACGGACUCAUGAAAGCCAGAGAUUUGUAUAGAAGCACUGAAUUUACCCAAGAUGUGAUGAAAACAACAGCACUGUCGAUGCAGUGGUAUAACUAUGUCUUUUCCUGUUCUAUGCAAUUCUUCCCAGGAUCCAUUGAGCGUUACAAAGCUCCUGAAAUCAAUUCGAGACACAUUAUUGUAAUGAUACGAGGUAAUAUGUAUGAACUGGAUUUGAUUCACAACGACGACGAAGGACGAGAAGAGAUUAUCACAAAAAGCCAGCUGAAAGUAAGUUGAUAAAAGUUGGAACUUUUGCUGCACAGUAAGUUUAAAAAAUAUCCACUGCCAAACGUAUAGGAGGAAAGAAUAAUUCAAGUUUAACAAUCAAAAAUAAUUACUCUUAAACCAAGCUGCCUGGGGUUUAAUAGCUAAUUGAUUUUAAAAAGCUGAACAAAAAUGUUUACAAACUGAGGUCAAUUUAGAGUAAUCUCUCCCCAUUUUUCAAUUGGUUUGUAAAUUGACACCCAAUUCAGGGGGAUGAAUCCAUAUCAUUCAUCAUUCAUCUUUUGAACAAUAUCGCAUUGAAAAUUGUGGCAAACAAUAUUAAAUAUGCGUGGCAACUGACAGGUGUUUUUUUUCUUUUUCCAAUACUUUUCAUUUUUAUUGUAAUUUGUUUUGUUACUUACUGACAUAUUUGUUUACUUAUUUGUUCUUUUACUUUCUGCUGUGUAUUAAUGUUUUUGAUUUGUUGUCAAUAAAGAAAGAAAAAAAUAAAUAAAAAAAAUAAAAAAAUAAUGAUGGUUUAUUUUAUUUUAUUUUAUUUUUUGACUUUGCUUUUUCAAGAAGAUGAAAGAGAUAUAUUUAAAAAAAAUUGCAAUAGGGAAAACAAUAGGGAUGGUGACAUAACAAUGCCCCUAUCCCUGAAAACAAUAGGUAGUGCGAGUUAUAGGGACCAAUGAAAUAAGAGGUUUGGAUUCGCGCAGGUCAAUCGAAAGCGUGUUUUUAAAGAAGAAGUUUCUGUAGCAAUCAGAUAAGGCAAAAAACAUCGAGCAAAUGUAAUUGACGAUUACUUCCUUUCUUUACCUGCGCGCUUGCUAUACUGAAACACUUUUAUAUUUGGUUCCAGAAGAAAUUCGAAACCAUCGUAGAAAUGGACGCGUCAAGAGAACCAUCGACUCCAAUAGCUUUUCUCACAAGCCUGACUCCAUCUGAGAGAUGUCAAGAAGAACAGCGUCUCAAGUGCCUCAGUCAACGAAAUGUUGAUAAUCUUUCACUGCUCCGUGACGCUCUUUUCGUUGUGGCGCUCGACCCUGAUACUUCUCCCCGAAAAGCUAACGAAGCCAUGUUAGAGCUACAUUCGGGAAACUUCGUAAACCGUUGGUAUGACAAAAGCGUGCAGCUUGUUGUGUUUGGUAAUGGUGUGGCGGGACUUGUGAAUAACUAUUUGGCUGGAAUGACUGGUACGGUAGGGACAAACUUUGUGCGAAUUGCAGUGAAAAAUUAAAGACUUUCUGGAGAAGAAACUGAGGACGGUGGGUUAAGUUGUGACAUACAUUUUACUCAAACUUGUUCUGUUCCCUUUAAGUUCAGCACUGAGAGUUUUUGCCGUAUUAGUUUUGUCUUUAAUUCAGUAUUAAGGAAUAGAUAAACGAGUUGAAGACGUUUUAUUUACACUUGAAGGGACAAAGAGUACGUACAAGCCUCAUAGUAAACAAAGUAAGAACUCCCCGCGUUAGCAAAAGUUUAAAUACGUCAUAAUUGAUUUCAUUUUAGCGGAGCUCCCGCGUCCGUCUGCACGUCCGCCCCUUCAUUAUAACGGAGGUGAAAUGUCUUACUACCUUUAAAGUCCAAGGCGUAUACAAAUUGUGUUUAACUUGAUAUUGGACAUUCAUGUUAUGAUCAAAUGAAAUAGGGUACCCGCUCACCAGUGUCACAUGACUGUAUCGCUGGGCAAAGGUGUGUUACUCGUUGAGUUAGGGUUAGUUCUGCUGGACAGUUAAGGUAUUCAAGUGAUCGCACGCUCAGAAACUUUACUUUAGAAGUGUGCUAAGUGUAUAUAUUAAAGUUAGACAUAAUCUUCGCUGAGCACGCAGGGGAUACCUGAUAAUGAAUUAAGUGGCAUAAAAGUUUUGCAAGUGACGCAUGUGUAUCUUUAGCUUGUCCUGUUGAGACUAUGGUGCCCAAAUUCAGAGAUAUUUGGGAGCCAAGGCGGCUGAAGGUUGCUAAGAUUGAAGGAAUGUUAAAGCAAGUAGUUGUUAAAGGCACAGUGUUAUUGCAAAUAAUCUUUUAGGUAUGUUGCAGUUUCAGCACAAAUUGGGUGGUAAAUUUUUAGCUUAAAUGGAAUGGUGGGAAACUGGAAGCUCCGUGAGUGUAGGACCUAAACCAAAUAUUUGAAACUGACAUAAACCAAGUUUCGCUCAGUUUCAGAGCAUCUCGUAUUUUGGAAUGUGCUAUUUACAUUCUUUUUUCUCUUAUCAGGAGGAUAUGAGGGCUUCAAGAUCUGGCCAGAAGCAAGUCCUAUAAUCUGGGACGAUACAAAUGAAGAAUAUUUCAAACAUAAGACAGCAAAGUUCAUCAAGGAAAGUCGAACAUCAGGUCCGUUUAAACAGAUGUCUCAAGACGUAUUCAGAAUAUGUGCAGGUUUCAGUUUUGAGUCCAUGUGUAAAGACCAUUGUGUAACACCAGGGGGAGCCUUUCAAGCUGGAAAGCAACUUGCGCUUUCUAAGAUCUCGGGAAGAUGUGUGAGUGUCAACGAAGUCGUUAGUACAAGGUAAGACAAGUUUCUGUUCAUCUUUUCAAGAAGAGUGCUAAUCUCUCCCUACAACGAGAGGUUUUGUAUCAUGCCUAAUUAAAGCAUUUUCUGGUUGAAACUCAUUCCCAUAGUCUCGUUUUGUGGAUAGAUUUUUUAAAUAAUAAAGAAUUCAUCUUUUAUUCAAAAUGUAAGGUGACUGGAAAAUGAUAAAUUUAGGUGUCGUGAAGGAUGGCCGUUGCAAGAGAAAAUUUGAAAAAAGGAUGGUCUGAAAUAUGCAGCGAUAUAAGCCGAGUUUCUUGACAAAUAUCCAGUUAUGUGUCAGGUGGUUGUUUACACGAGAGAGAAGUAAAAAAUAACACACAAACCCUCCUGAAAUCGCUUUCUUUAUACUCUAAGGAAUGGAUCAGUUUUAAGAAAUAAUUUGUUUCUCGUGUAUCCUAUCUAAGGAUCACACCGGGACCAAAAUGCAUGCGAUAAGGGCAAAAAUGGUACCCUAUUUAAGGUUGGAGACCCUUAAAAACCAUACUCUGUAUACUUUGCUCUCAUAUAUAGGAGUGGCCACCCGAGUCACUUACGAGAGUUGGUCGCAGUUUCGACUGUACUCAGUGAAUUAGGGAUGGCUAUUGCUUACUAUGUUCAACAGCGAGUUUGAAGGUUGGAACUUGUUGGGACGACCCCAACGAUACAAUUUUUACCCCCCUUUUUCACAAAUGUAUGGUUUCCAAUCUCCAAUAUUGAGCGUAAUUUAUCUUUAGCAGCUCAUAUGUGGUUUACCUCAUUUAUGUACUAGGCAUUUCCGGUUUCAUUAUUUUUCAUGUACUAAGCAUUUCCGGUUUCCUUACGUCUUAUGUACUAGGCAUUUCCGGUUUGGUGGAAUGACAUUCAUGGACAGCAGUAUGGCGGACAUGAAAAAAUUCAUCGAAAAAGCCCGCCAAUCAGAAGGGAGCUUGCAAACCAUGACAAAACAGGAACGUGUGUUGCUUAAAUCUCUGCUGAAGAAAGCUAUUGAAAGUUACAAAGAUGAGGUCUUGCGUUACAAGAAAGGCCAAAUGAACCUCUGGCAUCUUGACGCUCUUUACAGAAACUUGGGACUGCCAAACCGCCUUCCGUUUAGGAAUGCUCCACAACUACGGAUCAAGAGAAGGUUUAAGCAAGCUGUUGCAGAUUUACUAAGAUCACCGCUGCUCAACAUACUGCCACCUUAA